CGCUAAGUCACAUAACCCAAACCAGACCCCGCCCAUCCCUGACCCAGCGUCAUCGGAGACCGGUUCCGGACACCAAGUUUUUCUUUUAGAGAAGACAGAUUCGAACUACUGAAGUUGAAUCUCUUGAGAAAAAUCUGUUGUUCAUUUGAUUGUGGAUUUGAAUUUUGAAUUUGACUCUUAAUGGAGAAGGGAUCGGAGCUGACAUACAGAGGGCACGAGGAGGCCCAGCCGACCGCGGACGGCUACACUCCGAAGCCACCGAAGCCGUGGCUCUCGGUAGUUCGUCUGAUUCGUUACUUGCUUCGCGAGCAGAGACUCAUCUUCGUCCUCGUUGGCAUUGCAAUAGCUACUGUUUUCUUUGCUCUCCUUCCGUCCUCGUCUCACGGCUCGUACCGGCACGACAGCGAUGUGCCGAUCUUGGACUCCAUCUCUUACUUCGGUCGUGACUCGUACCGGCAGUCGAACAAGCCGUACGAGCAGCACCGGAUGUUGGUGCACUCAAUCGGGAAGGUGCCUCUGGGGCUUAAGCGGAAGGGGCUGAGGAUCGUGGUCACCGGUGGGGCAGGGUUCGUCGGUUCUCACCUUGUGGACCGUCUGAUCGCGAGGGGAGAUAGCGUGAUUGUUGUGGACAAUUUCUUCACUGGGAGGAAAGAGAACGUCAUGCACCACUUCUCGAACCCGAGAUUCGAGCUCAUCCGACACGACGUCGUUGAGCCCCUCUUGCUCGAGGUUGACCAGAUCUAUCACCUUGCUUGCCCUGCUUCUCCUGUUCACUACAAAUUCAACCCCGUCAAGACUAUCAAGACAAAUGUGGUGGGUACAUUGAACAUGCUGGGACUGGCAAAGAGAGUCGGCGCUCGGUUCUUGCUAACCAGCACUAGCGAGGUGUACGGUGAUCCUCUGCAACAUCCACAGGUGGAGACUUACUGGGGCAAUGUUAACCCAAUCGGUGUCCGAAGCUGUUACGACGAGGGAAAGAGGACAGCUGAGACAUUGACGAUGGACUACCACAGAGGUGCUGGUGUUGAGGUGAGAAUAGCCAGAAUUUUUAACACGUACGGGCCUCGCAUGUGCAUUGAUGAUGGCCGUGUUGUUAGUAAUUUUGUUGCUCAGGCCUUGAGGAAGGAGCCUUUGACUGUUUAUGGUGAUGGCAAACAGACAAGGAGUUUUCAAUAUGUUUCUGACUUGGUUGAGGGUUUAAUGCGCCUUAUGGAAGGAGAACAUGUGGGACCUUUCAAUCUUGGAAAUCCUGGUGAAUUCACCAUGCUUGAACUUGCUCAGGUGGUCCAGGAAACAAUUGACCCCAACGCCAAGAUUGAAUUCAGAGCCAACACAGAGGACGAUCCACAUAAGAGGAAACCUGAUAUCACAAAGGCUAAAGAUCAACUUGGUUGGGAACCCAAGGUGUCUCUUCGCAAGGGUCUACCUCUAAUGGUUUCAGACUUCAGGCAACGCAUAUUUGGCGACCACAAGGAAGGUAGCACAACCUCCACCGUGUCGUCCUAAGUUGGUUUUGUUUAUACAUAGAAGGAGAAAGGGAAGAGUUUUUAAACACAGCAGCUCUCUUCCACCGACAGUGCAGAUGUGGGAACAUCAGUAGCAGUAUAGCAGCAAUUGAACCUCAUUUGUUGUUUCAGUCGCCUUCAAAACUUUAUGUUACUUUCCCUUCCAGUCUUAAUAGACAGCGAGUUGAUUCCUUAAAAAGUUUGCUUCAUGCCUAUUUUAUUCAAUCCAUUAAUGUCUGUUUUUAUGGUAUGAUAAUAUAGGCUGCAUUUUGCAGUCCCAUGCAGUUUAUGAAGUUGA